UACAUCCAGCAAGAAUGGCCAGUGAGACAUCUAAUGGAGCUAACCUAACCCAGACAGCCCAGGGGUUUCCCAGUGCUGUUGUUCAGUCACCUGGGGCAAUACAGUAUGGUCAGCAACUUGGAAUUUCCAACUGUGCUCCUCAACAGGUGCCACAAAAGGGUGCUUUGGAGAAAUUUGUGAACGCACAGGCCAGAGUGCUUGGGGCCAUCCAGAUCAUGGUUGGGUUGAUCCACAUUGGCUUUGGGGCUGUCUCACUUUGUCUUCUUCCUUCUGGGUACGUUACCUUGACGGCAGUUGUAGGCAACCCCUUUUGGGGAGGGAUAUGUUUCAUUGCUUCUGGAUCACUAUGUAUAGCAGCUGAGAAGCGUCGAAACCAUAAUUUGGUGAAAUGCAGCCUAGGAAUGAACAUCACAAGUACGAUAAUGGCAUUAGUUGGUAUCCUGCUGUAUAUAUCAGAGCUGGCCAUGAAUACUACUUCUCUAUAUAACCGUCCAUAUAAGACCAACUUUGCAGGGAGCGUCGGUAUUGGCCUUUCCAGUGUGCUGUUCUUGUUCUACUUGCUGGAGUUUUGUAUCACUGUUUCAUUUGCGCAUUUUGGGUGCCAGGCAACUUGCUGUGCUGAUGACCAGACGACCAUGGUUUUUGUGCCUUACCAAGUCAUCGGAGAUGCAGCUACCGUUGCUACUGAACCCAGUCCGUCGUCUUCUCCACCAACCUAUGACAAUGUGGUUACCAAGUCACAGUAAAAACAGAAAAACACCAGAAGGAAUUGUGAGAAGCGUUGCACCAGAGGUGUCUUACCUCGUUUUGUUUUGUUUUCCAGCUUGUUUCUCUUUCAGUCACAGCCUUUCAGCACCAAGUUAAACGGUGACCAGUUUUUAAAGAGCUUCUUUUUACCUGCUAGUUAUACUGCUUCUCCAGAAGCAGGAAUUUGUGCUGCAGGUCAGCAGCAUCUUUGUGAGGGGGUACACUCUCUGCAGUGGAUGGUGUGAGCAGUUUAUUAGUCCUUUGUUUGUAUUCUGGAUGGCAUUUGCUUUUUAUGACAACUGUUCUACGAUGCUACAGAAAAGAAAAAGCAGCUAGCAAAAUUAAAACACGAAUUAUUGGUCAAACAGGUCUCAUUGGCGCAAUAGUAGCGGUUGCAUAAUCCCUCUCAUGCCAAAACAGAUCAGUAGAAGUUUGCAUUUAACUAGAGUCAACUCUAUAGACCUUGUGAUACUGUUAUUUCCUGUAUAUGUACAAUAAAUCUGAAUUAGCAGUGCU